AGCGGAGCGCGUGGUGGGGGGCGGACCAACCAACAAACGACCGACCGACCGAGAGAGAGAAAGAAAGAGAACAGUGUCUGCUGUAAAGACCCUAAUUAUUCCCUGAGGAGCUGUUAUUAUUAUUAUUAUUAUUAUUAAUAUUAUUUACCAGAUAUGCUUAAAAGAUUAACGCGUUUAAUGCGCACGCGUACAAUUAAUCUAUAGUCGGAACCGUCGCGCGCAAUGGAGCGGAAGAUCACGCGCGUUGCCUAGGAAAACGCAACGAAAACUCGCCUGACGACUUGCACUUGGCGUUUCUUUCUUUCUUUCUUUCUUUCUUUCUUUCUAUUUAUACGCCAGUGGUAUUUUCCUAAAUGUAUACGCUAUACUUCGUGUUUAUUUCGUACGUAUGGAUAGCAAGGCUACCAAAAUAAUAAUAAUAAUAAUAAUAGUUUUCUUGCUAAUUAUGACUUUUUCCAAACGAGCUGCUGCUGCUGUGUGACUAAUCCCCAGAGCUCAGAAUGAACACGACAUUUGUGGAUACAGUUCAGUAGGACUGCUUGGGCUGAGACUCAUCACGACAAGCAGAAAGGGACGGCUGCAGUGAGCUCAGGCUUGUACAGCUCAUGACACAAGGAGUACAGAUAUUGUUUUUUGCAAAUUGCAUGUUUCUGCUGGCAAAAUGACUGUGAAGAUGGAUUUCGAAGAGUGUUUAAAGGACUCCCCGAAGUUCAGGGCAGACAUUGAGGCAGUGGAGGGGGAUGUGAAUGAGCUGGAGACACGUCUUGAAAAGUUGGUGAAGCAGUGUAAUGCCAUGUUGGAAGCAGGCCGAACAUAUUGCCAGAGCAGUAAAAGCUUUGUAAAUGGACUUCGGGAACUUGGAUCGUACCUCUCUGAAGACACAACCAUGGGGAACUGUCUGGAAAAGUUCUCCAAGAAGCUGUCCAUCAUCCUCAUGGCUCAGGAGGAACUCAUUGAAAACACACAGAAGUCAGUGAAACUGAAGCUACAGAGUUUUGUGAAGGAGGAUGUGAAACGCUUUAAAGAUGCACGUAAGGAAUUUGAGCGCAGCAGUGAGACUCUGGAGGCAGCAUUGGGGAGGAAUGCUCAAGCCCCAAAGGGAAAGCCACAUGAGGUUGAGGAGGCCAGUCAAGCCUUAAUUCAUGCCCGUAAAGCCUUCAGAUCAGGGACUCUGGACUAUGUACUGCAGAUUAAAGUUAUUGAGUCCAAGAAGAAGACUGAUCUACUGAUGGCGAUGCUCUCACUGAUGGAAACCCAAGCCGUAUUCUUCCAGCAGGGUCACCAGUCCCUCACAGAACUCGAGGAGUAUCGUAAGCAACUCAGCAAUGAGUACACACAACUAGUUCUAAACUCUGCACGAGAUAAGAGGGACAUGGAGCAGAGACAUAGUGACAUCAAGAAAAAGGAUGAGUCUUAUGAUGAAUCAGUCUUGGACUUCAGUCCAGAUGCAUCCAGUGGAAUUGCUAUGGAGGGCUAUCUGUACAAGAGAGCCAGCAAUGCCUUCAAAACAUGGAGCAGGCGCUGGUUUUCCAUUCAAAAAAACCAACUGGUCUACCAAAAGAAAUUCAAAGAGCAGCCCACAGUGGUGGUGGAAGACUUGCGUCUGUGCACAGUGAAGCCCUGUGGCGAACAGGAGAGAAGGUUCUGCUUUGAGGUUGUCUCACCCUCCAAGACCUGUCUAUUGCAGGCAGAUUCAGAGCGACAGCAGCAAGGCUGGAUGAGUGCUGUGCAGAACAGCAUUGCUUCAGCAUUUCAGGAGAGGAGGGAGGACACAUGCAGCCCUAGGGAGCGCUGCAGCUCUGUGUCAGCGAGCAGUGUGAGUCUGGGUGUUGGGGAGCAAAAGGACUGUAAAGCCCUAGAGGAGGUGCAGGCGAUACCUGGAAACAGCCAGUGUUGUGACUGUGGAGAGCCAGGACCAGACUGGGCCUCCAUUAACCUGGGCAUAACUCUCUGUAUCACAUGCUCUGGAAUACACAGGAGUCUAGGUGUCCAUUUCUCUAAAGUACGCUCUCUAACUCUGGACUCAUGGGAGCCUGAACUCAUAAAACUGAUGUGUGAGUUGGGAAACACUGCCAUUAACCGGAUCUACGAGGCACGCAUUGAUGAAAUUACAAUAAAGAAACCACACCCUUCCAAUCCCAGGCAGGAUAAAGAGUCAUGGAUACGUUCAAAAUAUGUGGAGAAAAAAUUCAUCCACAAGCUUCCUGAAACUGGGCGUGGGACACCACUGCGUCGCUCCAGUGCACGCCGUCAUCGAGCAACAACACAGGACAAGCUAAACCAACGUCCUCCCCUCAAACCCAAACCCAACAGGGCCACCCUGGCACGGAACACAGGCCUGACCCCAACUGAAAUCAUGAACAGUACUGGCUCUCACAAAGAUGAGGAAGAAGAGGAGGACUGGAGUGGUCUUCACCCUGGUGCUUUGCUCUACCGUUCUGCAGCACUUCAGCAUUUCCCUGUUAUGGCUGAUGCGCUCGCUCAUGGAGCUGAUGUUAACUGGGUUAAUGCAGCCGAGGAAAGCAAAACGCCACUUAUACAGGCUGCGACCGUGAAUUCUCUGGCAGCCUGUGAGUUCUUACUGCAGAAUGGUGCAAAUGUUAACCAGGCCGACGCGAAUGGAAGAGGGCCCUUACACCAUGCUACUAUACUGGGACAUACAGGGCUGGUGUGUUUGUUUCUGAAAAGAGGAGCCGACUACAACAAAAAGGACAUCGGCCAGAAAGACCCGAUUACCAUAGCUGUAGAGAGUGCCAAUGCUGAUAUUGUUACACUCCUCCGAAUAGCCAAGAUGAACAAAGAGAUGCGAGAGAUGGACGGCUUCGCUCAAUCAGGUGAUGAGACCUAUCAGGAUAUCUUUAGGGAUUUCUCCCAAAUGGCUUCCAACAACCCUGAGAAGCUGAAACGUCGUAGUGCUGAUAUUAAAAGCCCAUAGCCAGCAGGUGCAAGGUUGUACCUGUUUAUCUCGCUAUCCUUUAAUAUACAGACAUGGGCUGGAAGAUUUAGUGUUACUUCACAAGUGUGCCGCCGCCUCCCCCAAUCAAACUGGCUGCGACACCGGAAGAGGAUUCAGUUCGGAAUCUGUAAUCUAUGGCAUGUUUUCACCCUUGACCUUUGAACCUGAGCCCCAUUAGGUCUCUAGGCCAUAAUGAGCAGCUCAUUUCAGUUUAAGUGUUGCUGUGCCACUGCACUGCUUUGUUUUAUCUUUGCUUUUUGAUCACCAGUGUUUUCUUUAUCCACACUGAUAUCAACACUGUGUAAAAGACUGCAUGAAGGCAGUCAACCCUUGAUUGUCUCAAAUUAUUCUGAUCAUGGUUUCUAGUCAUAUUCAUGAAUUUUUUUUUUUUUAAAUUAAGGUAAUACAGAACAUUUCUAUUGUAUGUUUUGAGAGAUAUCUGAUAUCCCUCAGUUUCACAGUAUGAAUUAUAUUUCAGUCUGAGCAGUUUGUUUUAAUCCACCUUCUCGGGAAACAGCUUCUUGUCCAAACCAUGCAUGUCAUAGAUAAACUGUUAAUUUCCUGCAAGUGUUUAUGUUCAUGACCAAAUUUACUUUUCUAAUUUUUUUUUUUUGUUCUGUAAGCAUUAUCUAUGCAUAUCUUGUUUAAAAAAAUAUAUAUAUGCUUUUCCCAGAGAAACAGCAGAAAAAUAAAAAUGCUUGCUAGUGUCUUUUCACUCAGAGAUGUAGCAGUGAUAAUGUACCAGAGUAUAAGUGAUUACUGUAAUCAGAGUAAUAUCACUGCUAUCCCCCUGAAACAAUACAAAUAAAUGCUUAUCUAUGAACCAAA